CUCUGUGUGUUGCACACACUCACACAGAAGUUGAAGAUAGUUGGUUUGGAUUCAUACAACUGUGUUGCAAGCUUUAUGACAAAGAAGCACUGGGUUUCUCUAAAACAAAAACAAAAAAAAUCUCUUAGUGCACUCUGUUACUGGGAACAGGAACAGCUUUCCUGCCAUUCAGGAUACACACUCACACAGUAUUCCGGACAUCAUGCCUCUGGGAUCUCACUGUGGGAAACGUUGAGGGGGAGUGUUCAAAGGUGGAGCAGAAGUUUGAGCUUGUGGGACAGGACACAAGUUUUUUAAACAGAAGUGGAUGUUUGAUGGUUUCACAAUGGAGUGGAUCUGAUCGCGACCCAAUCCACGAGGACUUAAAGUUAAGUAGAAGAGCGUGUCUGCGGGAGGACUUUGAAGUGAAGUUUGAGAUAAACACAGUUGUACUCCAUGAGAACUUUGCCGGGGAGUUUAUCUGAACUGAUACCAGAUUCAAGAGGACUCGUUUUCCAGCCGCUCGCUGAGGUGCCUUGCUGUUGGUUCGGCUUCAGAGUGGAAACUUGCAUCAUGGCUGGGGUCACUAGGAAGGGAUCCGGGAGACCCUCGUACUACUACAGAUUCCUGGGCAAGUCCCGACUGCAGCGUCAGCGAAGCCGGUCCCGCAGCCGCACCAGACCGUCUGCCAGCAGGGAGUCGCCUCCAGAGAGGACAGGACGCCGACGCAGCAUGCCGGGCAGCUCCUCAGACAAGACCACACCCACCAUGGAGGCCACGUCCACGGCCGCCACACCUUUCCGAGUCACCGUGAGUACUGGCUUCCUGAGUCGACGGCUGAAGGGCUCCAUAAAACGCACCAAGAGUCAACCCAAACUUGACCGCAACUCCAGCUUCAGACACAUCCUCCCCGGUUUCAGGAGCGUUGACAAUGACAGAUCUCAUCUGAUGCCAAGGCUGAAGGAGUCUCGCUCCCAUGAGUCAUUGCUCAGCCCGAGUAGCGCUGUGGAAGCCCUGGACCUAAGUAUGGAGGACGAGGUUGUCAUCAAGCCUGUUCACAGCAGCAUCCUCGGGCAGGACUACUGCUUUGAGGUCACCACCUCCACGGGAAGCAAAUGUUUUUCCUGCCGUUCAUCAGCCGAGAGAGACAAAUGGAUGGAGAAUCUCAGGAGAGCGGUACAGCCCAACAAGGACAACAGUCGCCGGGUAGAGAACAUGCUGAAGCUGUGGAUCAUCGAGGCGAAGGACCUGCCAGCCAAAAAGAAAUACUUCUGCGAGCUCUGUCUGGAUGACUCCCUCUACGCCCGCACCACCUGUAAACUCAAGACUGACAAUGUCUUCUGGGGAGAGCACUUUGAGUUCAAUAACCUGCCUCCUGUCAAGAGCAUCACGGCCCACCUCUACAAAGACACAGACAAAAAGAAAAAGAAAGAUAAGAACAAUUACAUUGGACUCGUCAACAUCCCCAUCGCAGCGGUUACCGGGCGACAGUUUAUGGAGAAGUGGUAUCCAGUCAGUACGCCCAACCCCCCCAAGGGCAAGACAUCUGGGCCUAUGAUUAGAAUCAAAGCACGCUAUCAGAGUAUGAACAUCCUUCCCAUGGAGAUGUACAAGGAGUUUGCAGAGUACACCACCAAUAACUACAUGCUGCUGUGCUCGGUGCUUGAGCCGGGGAUUAGCGUCAAGAACAAGGAGGAGAUGGCGUGUGCACUGGUCCACAUUCUGCAGAGCACCGGCAAAGCCAAGGACUUCCUCACAGAUUUGAUGAUGUCCGAGGUGGAUCGCUGCGGGGAGAACGAGCACCUCAUCUUCAGAGAGAACACACUAGCGACAAAGGCCAUAGAGGAGUACCUCAAACUGGUGGGACAGAAGUACCUGCAGGACGCCCUCGGUGAGUUCAUCAAGGCUCUGUAUGAGUCAGACGAGAACUGUGAGGUGGACCCGUCCAAGUGUUCAUCAGGUGACCUGCCGGAGCACCAGAGUAACCUGAAGAUGUGCUGCGAGCUGGCCUUCUGCAAAAUCAUCAACUCAUACUGUGUCUUUCCACGAGAACUGAAAGAGGUCUUUGCGUCGUGGCGUCAGGAAUGCAGCAACCGGGGUCGACCGGACAUCAGCGAGCGUUUGAUCAGCGCGUCUUUGUUCCUGCGGUUUCUCUGUCCGGCCAUCAUGUCCCCAUCGCUUUUCAAUUUGAUGCAGGAGUAUCCCGAUGACCGCACGGCACGUACGCUCACACUCAUCGCUAAAGUCACCCAAAACCUGGCAAACUUCACCAAAUUUGGUAACAAGGAAGAGUACAUGUCCUUCAUGAACCAGUUCCUGGAGCACGAGUGGACCAAUAUGCAGCGCUUCCUGCUCGAAAUCUCAAACCCAGAGACAAUCUCCAACACGGCAGGCUUCGAGGGGUACAUCGACCUUGGCAGGGAGCUCUCCACCCUGCACUCCCUCCUCUCUGAGGUGGUGUCCCAGAUGGACCAGAGUGCAGCGUCCAAGCUGGGUCCUCUGCCCAGGAUUCUACGGGAGGUGAACACAGCUUUGUCUAACCCGUCCAGUGUCCUGAUGACAUCCGGACAGUCCUCAGAACAUAUGGGCUCGCCUCCAGCUGAAGCGAGCUGCAGCAUCUCCACUGGCCUGCAGAAGAUGGUCAUAGAUAAUGACCUUUCAGGAUUAGUUGACUUCACCAGGUUACCCUCCCCAACCCCAGAAAACAAGGACCUAUUCUUUGUGACAAGGAGCUCAGGGAUCCAGCCAUCUCCAGCACGCAGUUCAAGCUACUCUGAGACCAAUGAACCCGACCUGGGCAUGUCCAAUGGCAGCAAGAGUCUGUCCAUGGUGGACCUACAGGACCCCCGCAGUCUGGAAGGUGGCCCAGGUCCCAGCUCCUCGGAUCCCUUGGGUGAAGGCCCGGCCUGUGGUGGAGGCUGGUCGGCCAGAGUGCCGCAGGGCAACAUCCCUGGAGGUCCCACCCUGAGGAGGCCAGGCCAGACUCCCACCGUGCUGGGCACAGAAAGCACCCCGGGCCGACCUGCCCAGCUAUUAGCGCCCCUGUCCUUCCAGAACCCAGUUUACCAGAUGGCGGCCUGCCUGCCCGUGUCCCCUCGUGGAAUGACCGACUCGGGCUCAGAGUGCCACAGUUCUGUCAGUUCCCAUAGCAACAACGAGGACGGGCCAGCAGGAGGGAAGCAUGCUUUCUUGAACCCCGGCGGAGGAGGAGGAGGAGGAGGAGGUGGGGGAAGCAGCGGGGACGAGUACACCAGGCGUUCAGGAGAGUUCAACCGCCGACAGCUGUCGCUCACAGAAACACAGCACCAGCCCACCGUCCCCAGACAGAACAGCGCCGGCCCGCAACGGAGGAUAGACCAACCUCCGCCUCAGAGCAUUACUCGGGGUCGCACACCUCCGAAUCUGCUCAGUGGCCCCUACCCACGGCCCUCCUCUGGCAACAUGAUGACGUCAUCGCCCGACUGGCCUGGCAGCGGCGCCCGAUUACGGCAGCAGUCCUCUUCCUCCAAAGGGGACAGUCCUGAGACCAAACAGAGGGCUCAGCACAAACAGGCCCCCUCCCCAGUGAACCCCAGUGCGCUGGACCGCACAGCAGCCUGGCUAUUGAAUAUGAAUGUGCAGUAUUUAGACCAUGAGGGGAUGGAGCCCGAGUCACUGAGAAACAGAGAGGAUCUGACUCAGGUGGAGAAGUACCAGCAGGAGAUCGCCGUGCUGCAGGAGAAGCUGCGGGCGUCGGUGCAGAAGCUGGAAGAGUACGAGGCCCGUCUGAAGGGUCAGGACGAGCAAGCCCAGAAGGUGCUGAUGGAGUACCAGGCCAGGCUGGAGGAGUCGGAGGAGCGCCUGCGCAGACAGCAGGACGACAAGGACCUCCAGAUGAAGGGCAUCAUCAGCAGGUUAAUGUCGGUGGAAGAGGAGCUGAAGAAGGAUCACUCAGACAUGCAGGCGGUGGUGGACUCCAAACAGAAGAUCAUCGACGCACAGGAGAAGCGCAUAGCAUCGUUGGAUGCAGCCAACGCCCGUCUGAUGAGCGCUCUGACCCAGCUGAAGGAGCGCUACAGCAUGCAGACCCGCAACGGCAUCUCCCCCACCAACCCCACCAAGCUGCAGAUCACUGAAAACGGGGAGUUCAGGAACAGCAGCAACUGCUAGACUAGAACUCUGCCCGGGGGGUCGAGCGUCGAGUGCCUGCGCGUUGUACAGAUAACGUUCGAUGAUGAGAGGACGUCUACAUGCAUGCAUGGAUGCAUGCCUGUUUCGAAAAAAGACCGCGAGGGGCGUGCGCGUGGUGCGUGUGUUUUUGUUUUUUUUUUAAUAAAAAGCGGACAUACAAGUAGUACUUCUGGAAGACGUUUCCACUUUAUCGCCGGUGUAGGAGUGAGGUCCAUCAUCGUGACAGAGAGAGAACAAGAUCACCAGACGGCCUUCGUUACGAGGACGACGGCGGGGCGGAGCUUGUACAUAUAAAAAAACUGUCCAUCAGUCAAAUACUUUUAUGGAUGUAUGCAGUCGCUGGGACAAUUCAAGACCCUGCCUAAGCCCGGGACGAACCACUAUAUAACCACACACAGUGACGACCGCCAGACACGGUCACCCUAGCAACCCUCCUCUCCUCUCUCCUCCUCUGUCUCUUUUAUCCUUCUCCCUCUCGACGACCAAGUGGACCCACUUAAAAACAAUAACAGGCAUUGAGGAUUAUCACUUUAGUUGUCUUGAGAGGAUUACUUUCUUAGUGCUUUAUUUUAAAGUCAUUUAUAAAGAACCAAAUAGGAGCUAAAAAAAAAGAAUAUUAAAAAAAAAAAGAUAUUUUUAGUCCAAAACAAUCUUCUUUAUGUCUCUUUUCACUCCUUUGGGUGUGUUCCCCUCCACCCCACCCACUCCAUCCCUAUGUAGUGCACUUUGUGAACAGCUAUUGGUACAUGAAACGCCUUAAGUAAGGAACACACCUCGACUUUAUCCCACAGAUCCCCCUAUUUCUGCAAAAAAAAUU